AUGCGAACAACUCCGAAUGUGAUCAUCACAGGCACCCCUGGCGUAGGGAAAACAGUACAUUGUCAGCAAUUGGCGCAGGAUACAGGCCUGCAGCACCUAUCGAUAAACCAGAUCGCCAAAGAACGGGGCUGCUUCGAUACCUAUGACUCGGAAUUAGAAACAUGGGUCGUGGAUGAGGACAAACUUUUGGAUGCGAUUGAGGAUGAGAUACUCAAGGGUGGCUACCUGAUUGACUGGCAUGCGUGUGAUUUAUUCCCGAAAUCUUGGAUCGAUCUCGUCGUAGUCCUGCGAUGCCCUUCCACCUCUGUCCAUUACGAUCGUCUAUCCACAAGAGCAUAUAAACAAGAAAAACUGCAGGAGAACCUAGACGCGGAGAUCUUCGGUGUUCUCCUCGAGGAGGCUCGGGAGGCUUUCGACGAGGAAGUGGUGGUUGAGCUCAGUAGUGAACAGGAUGACGAUGUAGAGAACAACUGCGCGAGGAUUUCGACCUGGAUCGAAUCGUGGAAGAAAGAUCAUUCGGAAACCGAAUAG